UGCGGCCCCUCCGAUUGAUUGAUGUCCCUCUGACGCUUUAUCAAGCACCCGGAUAAAGUUUGACCAAUCAUUUGCCAGGAGCUCACACGGCAGCAGCCCAAGUGCACUUUGUUGGCUGGGAAGUUGGGGAGGAUAGACAUCUGCAUCUGCCCUGCACCCCCAUUCCCUUCAAUGAACCUGCUGUGUAUGAUGUCCAAGAAUGUCCAUUUCUGGAACUCUCAGUAACUACUUUGUGGAGUCUAUAAUAAGCCCUGAGAGUGAGGAGCCUCCAGCAGCCAAAUUCUCUGGACAGUACCCCAGCCCCCGGUCGGCAGCCCCCUCAGAGGCUCUGGACUUCCCCUCCUGCAGCUUCCAGCCCAAACCCGUGUUCAGUGCAUCGUGGACUCCCCUGAACCCUCACGGCGCUGCCCCUCUACCCUCUGUCUACCACCCCUACAUCCAGCAAGGUGCCCCCACUGCAGAAGCCAGGUACUUACGGGGCUGGCUGGAGCCCCUGCCCAGGACAGAGCCUGGAGCAGGACAGGGAGCUGUGAAAGCCGAACCGCUGCUGGGACACCCCGGGGACCUCCAGAAACUGGGAGCCCAAGAGUAUAAUAUAGAAUCGCCUCCUGGAAGGGAUGAGCCGAGUGAGAGGCCCACUUACCAAGACAAUAAAGUGUGUGGAGCAAGCGAGGACAAAGACAGGCCACAUCAAACCAAUCCUUCUGCUAACUGGCUCCACGCACGGUCCUCCAGGAAAAAAAGAUGUCCUUACACCAAGUACCAGACCUUGGAACUGGAGAAGGAGUUUCUGUUCAACAUGUACCUAACAAGGGACAGGAGGCAUGAGGUGGCCCGACUGCUUAAUCUGAGCGAGAGACAGGUCAAAAUCUGGUUUCAGAACCGCAGGAUGAAAAUGAAGAAACUCAACAAAGAGCAAGGCAAAGAUUAAGAAGCAUUUCCCCCUCUGAGCACCUGCUGCUCCCUGUUUAUGGUACCAGGACAGAACAGAUCAUAAGCAACCCACAUAGGACUUUCCAUAUUUUGCAUGGUGAUUUUUCCCCCAAAAAGCCUACUUCUAAUUAAUAGGUAGGAUGCAAUCGGAAAUCCUUAACGUUAAUUUAUGUGCUGUUAUGUGCUUCAUUAGAUAACUCACGUG